GGGACGCGCGUGGAGUCCUCGGCGGUUCGUUGUCUGGCCCGGGGACCCCACGAUGAAGGAGACGCCCCUGUCCAACUGCGAGCGCCGCUUCCUGCUGCGCGCCAUCCAGGAGAAGAAGAGGCUGGACGGCCGGCACACCUACGACUACCGGCGCCUGAGGAUCUCGUUCGGGGCCGACUUCGGGUGCUGCGUGGUGGAGCUCGGGAAGACCAGAGUUCUUGGCCAGGUUUCCUGUGAACUUGUUUCUCCAAAACUCAACAGGCCGACAGAAGGUAUUCUCUAUUUUAACCUUGAACUCUCUCAAAUGGCUGCUCCAGCGUUUGAACCUGGCAGGCAGUCAGAUUUGUUGGUGAAGUUGAAUCGACUCUUGGAAAGAUGUCUGAGGAAUUCCAAGUGUAUAGACACUGAAUCACUGUGUGUUGUUGCUGGUGAAAAGGUCUGGCAAAUACGUGUGGACCUACACUUACUAAAUCAUGAUGGGAAUAUUAUCGAUGCUGCCAGCAUUGCUGCAAUCGUGGCCUUGUGUCACUUCCGAAGGCCUGAUGUCUCUGUGCAAGGAGAUGAAGUCACCCUGUACACCCCUGAGGAACGCGACCCAGUGCCCCUGAGCAUCCACCACAUGCCCAUCUGUGUCAGCUUCGCCUUCUUCCAGCAGGGAACGUACUUGCUGGUGGAUCCCAGUGAACGAGAGGAGCGUGUGAUGGGUGGCUUGCUGGUGAUUGCCAUGAACAAGCACCGCGAGAUCUGCACCAUCCAAUCCAGUGGUGGGAUAAUGCUGCUUAAGGACCAAGUUUUGAGAUGCAGCAAAAUAGCUGGUGUGAAGGUAGCAGAAAUUACAGAGCUCAUACAGAAAGCUUUGGAGAAUGACCGCAAAGUCAGGAAAGAAGGUGGAAAGUUUGGCUUUGCAGAAUCUAUAGCAAAUGAAAGGAUCACAGCUUUCAAAAUGGAACAGGCCCCCGUCGAUACCUCUGCAGUGGAAGAGAAGGCCGAGGACAUCAUUGCUGAGGCCGAGCCGCCUCCACAAGUUGUUUCUAACCCUGUGCUAUGGACCCCUGGCACGGCCCAGAUUGGAGAGGGAAUAGAAAACUCCUGGGGUGCUCCUGAGGACUCCGAGGACGAUGAUGAGGACGGUGCUGGCAGCGGCGAGGCUGUCGUUCUGGAUGACGUAAAAAUGGACACUGCAGGAGACAUGGCUGGUAUCGGAGGCCAAGAUGCCCCUAUCGUCCUCUCCGAUAGUGAAGAGGAGGAAAAGAUCAUUUUAGAACCAGACAAGAACCCAAAGAAAACAAGAACUCAGACCGUCAGUGCAAAACAAGAGAAAGCACCAAGUAAAACUCCAGUAAGGAAGAGGAAAAAGAAGAGAGCUGCUAAUUAGAGUUAACAUGAUUUAAUGUAUGUAUAUAUAUAUAUAUAUAUAACUAUUAAAAGGAUAUUUAUCCC